AUCGCAGAUUUUGAUAACUUAUUGGAGAGGAUUAUAGAAACCAAAAGUAAUAAACUUGAGGAAUAUAGAAAUCAAGGAAGAUGUCAUAAGAUUAAAUUAAGUCUUAUAUUUUUCGUUCGAGAUUAAGUGAAUGUAUAAUAGCAUAAAGGUAAAUUUGUAUAUAAGAAAGGUUACUAUAGUCAUUUAAGAAAAAGAACACACCUGAAUCUCACGAUAAAACGAAACAGAAAGUAGAGCAAGCAAAUGAAUGUGCAGUCCCCAGCUUGAACGUUUUCUCUCGCUGCCUGCACGACAUCGUUUCGCGUUUGUUUUCCAUUCCUUUUAUUAAAUUCACAUUCACAUUGCUCCAAGAUCUCGCUUUAUCUUAUGCCCUCAACAAUCUCAAUUCCCACUCAGAUCUAAGAUCUGAUUCAAAUAAUUCCAAAAAUGGACUCUUUUCACAAAUUCAGUUCAUGGGUAUUGGCUUUCUGUUUGCUAUUUCAAUUAGGGUUUGGGUUUUACCUUCCGGGUAGUUACCCUCACAAUUAUCAGAUUGGUGAUGAGUUAUCGGUGAAGGUGAAUUCUAUUACUUCAAUUGAUACUGAAAUGCCCUUUAGUUAUUAUAGUUUACCCUUUUGUAAGCCUCAAGGUGGUGUUAAGGACAGUGCCGAGAAUCUCGGCGAGCUUCUCAUGGGGGAUCGAAUCGAGAAUUCGCCUUAUAGGUUUAAAAUGUUUACCAAUGAGACUGAGGUGUUUUUGUGUCAAGUUGAUAAGUUGUCACAAGAUCAGUUCAAGAUCUUGAAGAAGAGGAUUGAUGAGAUGUAUCAAGUUAAUCUUAUACUUGAUAAUUUACCUGCAAUUAGAUUUACAAAGAAAGAUGAGUACUUUCUUAGAUGGACUGGUUACCCUGUUGGUAUCAAGAUUGAGGAUGUGUAUUAUUUGUUUAACCAUCUUAGGUUUAAUGUUCUUGUCCAUAAAUAUGAGGAGACCAAUGUGGCUCGUGUUAUGGGAACCGGUGAUGCGGCCGAGAUGAUCCCACCUGUUAAGGAGCGAUCUGAUAAACCUGGGUACAUGGUUGUUGGGUUUGAGGUUAUACCAUGUAAUAUUAUGCAUAAUGCUAAUUCUGUUAAAAACUCGAAAAUGUAUGAGAAAUACCCGUCUCCUAUUAAAUGCGAUCCGUCGACUGUGACAAUGCCUAUUAAAGAAGGCCAGCCGGUUGUGUUUACCUAUGAGGUUACCUUUGAGGAGAGUGAUAUCAAGUGGCCAUCUAGAUGGGAUGCUUACUUGAAGAUGGAGGGAGCCAAAGUUCAUUGGUUCUCGAUCCUCAAUUCGUUAAUGGUGAUCACUUUUCUUGCUGGUAUUGUUCUUGUUAUCUUCCUAAGAACUGUUAGGAGGGAUCUGACUCGUUACGAGGAGCUUGAUAAGGAGGCUCAAGCACAGAUGAACGAGGAGUUAUCUGGUUGGAAGCUUGUUGUGGGGGAUGUUUUCCGUGCUCCGUCGAAUCCAUCUUUGUUGUGUAUAAUGGUUGGGGAUGGAGUUCAGAUUCUAGGAAUGGCUGUUGUAACAAUAUUGUUUGCUGCACUCGGAUUCAUGUCACCGGCCUCUCGCGGAACACUCAUCACAGGUAUGCUGUUUUUCUACUUGAUACUUGGUAUUGCUGCUGGUUAUGUUGCAGUUCGACUAUGGAGGACAAUCGGGAGCGGCGAUCAAAAGGGUUGGGUUUCAGUUGCAUGGAAAGCUGCUUGUUUCUUCCCCGGUAUCGCCUUUUUGAUCCUCACAUUCUUGAACUUCCUAUUGUGGGGAAGCCAUAGUACAGGAGCCAUUCCAUUUUCACUCUUUGUUAUACUACUUUUGCUUUGGUUCUGCAUUUCUGUCCCACUCACACUCGUUGGUGGCUACUUCGGAGCAAAAGCACCUCACCUCGAGUAUCCUGUUAGAACCAACCAAAUUCCUCGAGAAAUUCCACAGCAGCGGUACCCAUCAUGGCUUUUAGUUCUAGGUGCCGGUACUCUUCCCUUUGGUACCCUUUUCAUUGAGCUCUUCUUUAUUAUGUCCAGCAUUUGGAUGGGUCGUGUUUACUACGUUUUCGGGUUUCUAUUCAUCGUUUUGAUUCUUCUUGUGGUGGUAUGUGCCGAGGUAUCUCUAGUUCUAACAUACAUGCACCUAUGUGUGGAAGAUUGGAGAUGGUGGUGGAAAUCAUUCUUUGCUUCUGGUUCUGUUGCAUUGUACAUCUUUUUGUAUUCCAUAAACUAUCUCGUAUUUGAUCUCAAGAAUCUGAGUGGACCUGUUUCUGCAACACUUUACUUGGGAUAUUCACUCUUCAUGGUUCUUGCAAUCAUGUUGGUUACAGGCACAGUUGGAUUCCUCUCUUCAUUCUGGUUUGUGUAUUACUUGUUUUCUUCAGUCAAGUUGGAUUGAGGACUUAAGCUCUAAAGAAUACUGUUUCAUCAAAAUGACACUUGGAAAUGUUCGAUCUAUACUAUGUGUUACUUUAUUUCAGUUUAUUUUAUUAGGGGCAUAGAAAAUUUUAUAGGAAAAUAAUUGUAUCCAGUUUUGCUUACUGUAUUUCAUUAUUAGAUAUAAUAUCACUGCAUUUCAUGAUAAGUUGGUAUUCUGAAGUUUAUAAUGUAAUUUGGAUGUUGAAGUUAGUCGAUGCAAUUCAAGUCUUCAUGACACGCCAAUGUGCCAUGCACAAGUUAUAUUUUCGUUUUAUUCAUACAA